UAGGAGUAAAUGAGGGGAUACACUGUACAAUUAUAAGGUAAACAAUAGAGAAAAACGCCAACACACUGUUGUUACAAAAAAAAAAAAAAAAAUAAAAAACAACAAAAGCUAUUAGCAUUAAAGCAACAACAACAAAUAACAUGUACUCAUGCAUUUUUAUGCAGUUGUGCUACUCAUACUAAGGUUUAAAACACAACAACAACAUUAUAUUAAUGGAAAUAAUAGAAUAAGAAGAACAAAUAAGAGAAUGACAGCAGAAUGAAUAAAUGAGUGUUGUAUGAGCCUAAAAAAAAGUUGGCAACAAUGCGUAGCCAACAAUAAAUAUAAAAUAGAAUAGAAACAAAAAUAUUUUUUUCUAAAAAAGUAAAAGAAAAAAAGUUGCAGGAAAUAAGUUUAAAUUUAGAAACGUUUUAAUUCUAGGCUUUUAUUUGGCAUUUAUAACAACUUUUUUUGUUGUUUUUGUUACCAAAAAAAUAAGAGAGUGAGUGGGGCUUGUUGGCUGGCUUGUAUGCUUUACUUUAUUUCUAAUGUUUGCUUCUUUUUUUUAUGCGCCUUGUUUAAGUAUAAUAAACAUAACAAAACGUACAAUUGAAGCUCAACAUUUUCAGUGUAUGUGUAUAAAUAGGAGAGUAUACAAAAACAACUCAAUGCCAUUUUACUCUUUUCUUCGUUAGCAGCAACAACAACAAUAAGAACAAGCAAUGCUGCCAUUGUAUUAAACACACCUCUCAAUGAUGAUGGGUACAAUGCGCACAAAAGCCUUAAUACAAAACUGAACAAAGAUUGACGGCUGCAUAUAAAAACCAACCAAAAACAACGUGCUAUAUCAAAACAACAACUACAACAUAUUCUUUACAACAACAACAACAAUACACACAUACACACAGGACAUGCUUACUAUAUCAUCAUAAAAGAAAAAACUGAUGAUAAUGAUGGGGAACAAUAUGAGCAAAAAAGAAAGACAGACUACACUACUUUAAAACAAAAACAACAACAACUAGUACUAGUAGUAGUAGCAUAAUAAAUUUUACAACAACUACAAUACAACAAUCAUAAAAGACAAACCUAUUCUCUGGUCACACACCAGGUAAAAUUAAACGACUCACAAAACAUUUCCUAACAACAACAAUACAACAAGCUAUCUCGUUUUUUCACUUACAUCGCACUAACCUACUACACUACAUACUCGCUUGCUUUACCCUCUCUUUCACACUCAUUAGCUUAUGCAAGAACCUUAAAAAAAGAAAAAAAUAUAUAUAGGGAGUAGACAAUAGUACAAAACUAAACACUCACCAUUCAGCAUUUGUAUUCAGCACAUGUAUACAGAGCUCAAGAAGAAAAAAACAUAUAUAGAGAAACACAAGAGAGAGUAUUAUUAAAGCAAAUAAUUGAGAGUGAGAGUAAUUUAACAAACAGAAACACUCAUACACAAAAAAGAAACAUAUAUUUGGUUUGAAUCGUGUCGGUAGUUGGUAAAUGUGUGAUUACAUCAGUUAUUAAAGAGCUGUUGAGAUGAACAGUAGUGUAUCAAAGAGCUAAAAAGAAAAUAAUACAAAGCAUACAACAAAAAAAGUUUAACAACUAAAAACGUAUGAAAAGAAACAAUUAAUAGAAAACGCAAAAUAAUUAAACAAAAAAACCUUUUUAAUUAUUUAACAAAAAAAACCAGAAAGACUGCAAAAUUUUUUAACAAAAUCAAUAAAAAUUGAAAGUGUUCAGUUUAUAAGAAAAAGCCAAAAAUAUAACAAAAGUUAAAAAAGUGUUUAAAAGAAAGUCUUACAAUUGCUAGCUUAUAUUUAAACAUGGCCGCUUUAUCAUCACAUCCCAAUUAUGGAUUUCAUUUGGGAGGCCAGGGCUUAGAUAUGCCCACUCCUGGUGAUUAUGCUCCACAGAGUACCAUCAGUCCCUCCGAUAUGGAUAUAAAACGUGUUAUGCAUUUCUCACAAACUGGCAGCUUGGCUGCUAUUUCAGCUGCCAUGGGUGGUUCUCCCGUUGGAGGUCACAGUGCCACUAAUGGUAAUUCUAUUAUGGGUACCGCCAGCAUGGGUCAUAUGUCUGCCCAGCAACAUCAUCAACAUAAUAUCCAUCAACAUAUGCAAACUACCGUGGGUCAACAGACUCUAUCGCCUAAUUCCUCUAUAGGUUCAGCGGGCAGUAUUGGCAGUCAGGGUUCUCUUAAUUCUCAUGUCAAUAAUUUACAUAAUGCUGGCAGCCAAGUGGGAGGACAUCAUCAUCCUACCUCUCCCGGGCAAGAGGGACACAUUAAAAGACCCAUGAAUGCCUUUAUGGUUUGGUCUCGUUUACAGCGCCGACAAAUUGCCAAAGAUAAUCCUAAAAUGCAUAAUUCUGAGAUUUCCAAACGUUUGGGUGCCGAAUGGAAACUUCUAGCAGAAACCGACAAACGCCCCUUUAUAGAUGAGGCCAAACGUUUGAGAGCACUACACAUGAAGGAACAUCCCGAUUACAAAUAUCGUCCACGUCGCAAGCCCAAGAACCCCUUGGCUCAAGGACCCCAGGGAGCUUUACAAAUGCAAGCCAAUGGCCAACAGAAAUUGGGUAAUAAUGGUGCUCCUGGUUCUGGUUCUUAUAAUCCCUUCCAUCAAUUGCCGCCCUACUUUGCGCCCUCACAUCAUCUGGAUCAACCCUAUCCAGUGCCCUAUUUUGGUGGUUUCGAUCCUUUAGCUUUAUCUAAAUUGCAUCAGACACAAGCUGCUGCUGCCGCCGCUGCCACAAAUCAAAGUCAUAAUCUACAUGAAGCCCAAAAGGCACCACAACUACCUCCCACCACCUUAAGCAGUUUCUAUUCCGGCAUUUACUCUGGCAUCUCAGCGCCCUCACUAUAUGCCGCCCAUUCCGCCAAUGCAGCCGCCGCCGGUCUUUAUAACUCAUCCUCCACCUCUUCACCGGGUUCAUCGCCGGGCAAUGGCACACCCAAUGGCAUGGAGUCACAAAUGGACAAUUUAAGAAGACCAGUACCCGUUUUAUAUUAAUUGUAAAGUUCUUAUUACCUCUCCCUAAACACACAAAUUGACAACGUUUCAAGGCGAAAUUUAUAGCUAAUAGUUUCUCCUCUCCCCUCCCCCCACAAAGAAAAAAAACUAUUGUAUUGUAAAUGUAUUCAUUAAGUAUUUUUUAAUAGUUUAAGUAUAAAACCUAUUUGUAGUUUAUAAGUUAUAAAUCAGUAGAUUGUUUGUUGUUUUGUUUUUUCACCCCCUCUCUCUCCCUAUCUAUACAUUCUCUAUAUAAUUUUAAUUUUAUUAUUUUUAACUUUAUUUUUAUUAUAUUUUUUUUUCUUUAAAAAUUCAUUAAUCUGCUCCUUAUAGGGCAACAAAAUUGUAAAUAUUUCCUCCUCAUUUGAA